AUGGUAGUGGCAGAUCGGAGACAUUUGGCCCUGGCGACGGACCCAUGGACCUUGGCCAGAGACUUUCUCACCCAGGGAGCAAGGGGAUACUUCAACCCCAACAACCCCUGGCCCAACCGCAAACACACCACCCACCGAACGCCGUCCCUACAAAGGAUCCUGCCACUGCCACUGCCGCCGGACUCGCUACAUCCUCUACCUCUACCUCACGCUCCCCUUAAACCCCCAGCUCAAGCGGCCGGACGAACCGUUCACCCCACAGGCAGGGUGCAGAAGAUGUACAAGUGCAACUGCACGCUAUGCCACACAUCGGCAUUCCUGUACAUCCGGCCCGGGCUGGCGCUGGAGGACUUGCUCCUCCUGGCGCCGCUGGACCCGUUCGGCGCGAUGGGGGAUUACAAGCUCCAUGGGGGCAAGUUCCACGAGGGGCUUCCGGGCUUGACUUAAGGGAGUGGACGGAGAGGAAGUGGACUCUUUAUACGGAUAGGUUGGAGGCUGGUGGGAUGCCUACGUAUGAGAGGCCUUAUGGAGUUAUGAGAGUGGUGCUUAUGGAGGGAUCUUGUAGGGGUGAGACCGUGAGACAGCGUGGUGGAGAGUAAGGCGCGAAGAACAGGAGUAAAUCGCAUUACAUUAUGGAAGUCAAUCUCGACUCUUAUAAGACUGCCUCAUAACCGG